UGUAUAUAUGGGGAGUCCGCAAAAUUAUUUCAUCCUGUCCAGGCUCUAUCGGCCAUCACCAAGCCAGCAAUCUUAACAUCGUUGUGUGCUGAGAUUGUGCGUGUAAAGUUAUUAUUAACCUUGGGAAGUGGAGAGCAGGGGCUCACGUGCCGAUAUAUCACAUGAGCGCCAAGAUAGGCUAGGCGCGUGCUGAGUCAGAAGCGGAGCCUCGCACUACCCUUUUCUGCAUCUUUUUUUCUUCAUCCAACUUCAUUCUUUCUUUCUCCUCUCUUGCUUGUCCCCAGCAGAUCAUAACUCUCCAGCAGCCUGUCAUCUCGCCCCAUGGCUUGCGAGCUGAAGGGUUCCUCGUUCUCAUCUUGAGUCUACCAUUUUCCUGCUUUCUGCUUGCUGUAAGCUGGGAAUACCAAAAAUAGCCAUAAUCAUGACGUCUGCCAACUUAAUGUCUCCAACCCCUUCUACUACCACGCCAACAUGGCAUCAUUUCGAAAAGAAGGUCGAGGACGUGAAGCCAUCAAAGACUGAUAUCAAUUUCCUUGUGAUGGAUUAUCUGGUCGCAAAUGGCUACCCAUCCGCGGCACAAAAGUUUGCUAUAGAGGCUAAUAUCCAACCAAAGCCUGACGUGGAGUCAAUCCAAGAACGGGUGGAUAUUCGAAAUGCUAUUCACUCGGGAGAUAUUCAGUCCGCUAUCGAGAAAUUAAACGAGUUGAACCCGCAGAUUCUGGAUAGUGAUCCUUCUCUUCACUUUUCCCUUCUACGAUUACAGCUCGUUGAAUUGAUACGGACCAGUACAUCCACCCCAAAUGGAGAUAUUACUCCUGCUCUGGACUUUGCUACGUCCCACCUCGCCCCUCGCGCACCCACUAACCCACAGUUCCUUGAGGAUCUUGAAAGGACGCUGUCUCUCCUGAUAUUUCCAUCUGAUAAUCUUGCCCCUUCGUUAGCUGCGCUGCUGGAUCCAGAACUCCGGAAAAACAUCGCAAACCAUGUAAAUGAAGCCAUUCUACACAGCCAAGGCGCGAGGCGUGAGGCGCGCCUACGUAACCUUGUCAAGCUUCGAUCCUGGGCUGAGCAAAAGGCACGUGAGGCAAAGAAAGACUUACCUGAAAAAAUCGACAUUGGCCUCGAGCAAGACAGGAACGACAGUAAUGACAGUAGCCAAAGCGAAAACCAAAACGGUAGCACUGAUGAUGCCAUCAUGCAUGAGCAGGGAGAGGUGGAUCCAAUGAUAUCAUAGCAUAUGCGGUCGAUGCGUUAAUACUAACUCGCAGCAGCAUCUAUUCCCGAACAACCAAAUAAGUGGAACAAGGACACCUGCUUGGUUGUUAUCCGCUACGAUGCGUCCUAUAUAUCUUCUUAUUUUUCUUCCGACUUCUAUACUUUAGCGUGGCGUUUGGAGUCCCUUCAUACAUGGUGCCGGUUACCAUUCGUUCCAAGGGCCGGCGAUUUGGCCUAUGAAGCCUUCCCGAAUUCGAAUUACAUCCGUGUUCGAAUUAUCUAGAGUUCAUCCAGUCUCUGUAUGAAAUGAACGAAACCUGUUGGGAAGGUGAUGGCGGAGCAAUUGUGUUUUCACUUUUAUUUUUCUUUGCUUUCGUACUUGACCUUUUAAUGAGACAUGUGCACUUCCUAUUUCACCAUUUUUCAUAUUUGUGCAACAGCGAAUGCGUCCCAUUCAGUGUAAAGUUACAACUUCCUUUAACUAUAUUUACUCCCUACACUAAAGCCACCCAGCCUAUAUAGACCGCCUAUAUGAAACCCUCCGUUUUCUAUAUCGAUAUUUAUACAAGGUCAAUUAACCUGCACUUGUCCUUUGCAACCUUGGAAUCUUGAAAUUGUAUAUCAAAUCUAGGUGAUAAUAACCACCUUGAGCAAGGAGGAGCCACCCAUCCAAUACAAAAGCCUGAAUCCAUAAAAACACCAUCCCGAAAGCAAACAAAUGAAACCGCCGAAGAAAGAGUGAGCUGAGGUGAUGAGUAUGUAUUUGAAAAAAAAGAAAAAGAAAAAGAAAAAGAAAAAGAAAAAGGAGACGAGUGUUUCCCAAAAAGAAGUAUUUCGUCGGUGAUCGGAGUCCUGUCGACCGCCGUUGAAAUUUAGAGGAAAAUAGUUGUUUUGUGUAAAGAUGCGGCAAAUGGGUUGCCCUCUGCCCGGCCUCCAACUUGGAAACCAUCUAGCUGAAAGAGAUGGUGAAUAAUUUGGUAUGUAAAUGGGCAGGGUAUCGUUUUGCGUCUAUGGAAAUGGACCUCUAACGGCCGGGUCUUUUUAUCUUCGCUUGGAGGAAAGAUACGAAAAAUAUUCGCUCUAACGGGGUAUAUAUCAUGCUUUUGUUAGAAGCUCGUCAUAUCUGAAUCGAUGUGUGAGUUAGCUAGGUGAAGUUCCACAAGGUCUUUUUUUCUUGGCAGUGGUAGGCCAUUUCCAAAUUCAAUAGAUGGCAUAUUCUAAACACGGAAAGGACGGAGAACCGGCCCCUUAAAAUAUAGGGUGAAUGCUGUUUUAACAUACCUCUUCCAAACAUGGCUCUCUUCGUCCAAUCCAUCGCCAGCAAAAUUCUAGUUCGCAAACUGACGCUCUGCGCAAAAUAUAUACUUCGCCAAAGAUACACCGCCAGCAACCCACCUCCCCAGCUCAUACCAUUGAAGUCGAAAAUAGCGGCAUUGCCAAUAUAUGCCAGACUACCAAGAUGUUUGUACCGGAACGCUUUGUAGACCGCUUCGUCCAAGUCGCCAUAGUCUACCUCAUUCGCCUUCAUGCCAGGCAUGGCCUGCGAAAUCUUAUUGAACUUGAGUCCCAGAUACUUUCCCUGCUGAUUCGCUCUUUGCGCCGUUGCAGGUAACGAUGUCAGCUUGGAGUCGAUUUGGAGGAGCAGUUCUCGCAGCUCGUCGAAAUCGAGGGUACCGCUGCGGUCUGUGUCGUAUUGUUCGAAGAGCCUAUCCAGGCGGCGUAAAUGGCCGGAUGCCUGUGGGAACCGCCUCUUCACACGCUGGGCUACGUUCCGCCAUUCUGCAAAGGUGAGGUGAACCUUUUCUGGAUCUUUGCUCUUUUCCCAGGCAAUGGUGCGAAGGAAGGUUACGAUAUGGUCUGCCACGUUGUUUUGGACGCUAGAGCAGUCUCCGAUGGCAUAUACGUCGCCCAUUGGAGUUCCGUUCACACGAAGAUGAGAAUCCGUUAGAAGAAAACCCAUGGGAAUCUCUUUUAGGAUCGGCUUUCCAUCUUCCAUCUGUGUGAAGAGGAUCUUGUCUUUUUUCACUUCCUUGACCCGAGAGUUUGUAAGGACAUCGACUUGAUCGUUUGCAAACCGUCGCUACCAAAGUCAGCACACAAUAAAACUAAGUAUUCCCGAGCAGCCAGACAUACCUCUGCAUACUCAGAUAGAGUUUGAUCAUACGUAUUGAGAAUAUGAGAACGGCUGAUAAAAUGCGUCAACAAUCAUAAUCAUGCUGGUUUAG